GGAAGAUAAUUACUGUGAAAUCUGCAGGAGUCUUGUUCGCACUAAGUAUUUAUGAUCACACUUUGCCUUCUAUAUCGAGGCGCGCACGCAUUUUUGGUCGAGCGGGUGGCAGGUAGAACAAAAGGACGAACCGGGAAGGAUUGAACCCUGCAGAUUUAUUAUUUGUGUAGCCUGUGGUCCGAGGUGGAACAAGCCCCGUGGUGCGGCGUUUUUUUUACUGCCGCAACAAGCGUGGGUGGCUUUUCAUGCGAAGAGCACAAUAAGCAGACACCAAGCGAGUACCACACCCGGCAUCAUGAAACGACCAAGAAAGCGACGCCGGAGCAGCAACUGCAGCUCCAGUCUUCCAGCAGGAUUGCAUCGCAGCCGCAAAACCAUUCGCUCCGUCGCCAGCACUCUUCUGUCCGCAUUCUUGUACCGGCGUCGGGAUUCCUUUCUUGGGCUGCGCGGAGUUGGGGCUGGCCAAGGCCGUUUUCAUGCCUUCAUACCGCUGCUGCAGCGCUGUGUGCUUCUGGUGGAUAGUGCUCUGGACAGCCGCGGGUUCUUUUAUUACUCCUUCAGCCGAGUAGCGACGAUGCACAAGUUCUGCCGGAUCAUUUUCAGAGCCACGCUUUUUGCUACGACGGCUUCAGGACUGCUUGUGCACCUCCUCCUGGUGCUACUGACUUCUACCAGUUCUAGCUCAUCACCCAAAACAAGAUCCACAUUGUCCGGUAACAAGGACUUCUACCACACUAGCAGGAACUUUGGUCUCCAGCUUGGUUACCACCAUCUCAUUUUCGUGUCCGGAGUCAGCAAAACGUCGACAGCAAGAGACAUGUGAAUGUUGGGAUUUAUUCCCGAUGAAGAAAACAGCGAAGAACCCAAGAAAGCUGCGUCGCAGAUCGAUAAUUCCAGGGCGGUUGCGCCGCCGCACAGCCGCGACGUCGACACAGGUAGUGGUAGUGCGGAUCAUAUCAAAAACAUCGAGGGGGCUACACGACAACAUGAUAAUGAUGGCCAUCAACUUUGGGAUCAUGUCCUAUUUGGUGUUUCUCCCAGUACCAGUAGCACUUCGUCAGCUACUAAUGCGGCAAGUAGAACAAAUCCUUCCCCAGCGUCCUCGUCCUUCCUGCAACAGGAGAAGGGGGAGUCCGCGAGUCGUCGUGUCCCAACUGCGUCUUCUAGUGAUAGCGCCCCCAGUCCUUCACCAAGAAGAACGGCAGAAGCGGUCGGAAAAACUAGAAUAAUUACUACCCAUCCUGCAGUUAGCAUCUCCCAUGCAUCUUCAGCAGCCGAACCCGAAGCUGUCACAGCAUCAUCCCUGCUG